AUGGAUAUGCUGAUGCUCACUUGCCAGCAUCUGUAUGUGCAAUGCUCCACUAAAUUGCGAACGCUGGUGACGGAAAGCAGAUUCCAUAAUCACGAGGGGAAAGCAGCAUCGCUACACCCAAUAAUAUCCGAAACAGUGAUAACGUCAGAUGCAGUUAUGGGGUCUUCGCAAGAAGGCUGUGGAUCGGACGAAAUUGCAGAAUGGUACGACUACCACAAUCAGCUGUAUCGAUAUUUGAAUGCCAGUAAUGCAAGCCCCAAACAAUGA